AACCCCUCAUUUUGAAAACACAAGUUAACAAAGCAAAAUUUAAGCUUAUACUAUGUAUUGAUAUCACUUUAAAUGUCAAUUGCCUUUUCAUUUGAGAUCAAAAUAAGAGAUCGUGACUUUCACAGACAGUAAAACUUCUUUUGGGAAUAAGAUGAUAUAUUCAACAGAUGUCACCUAAAUUAUUCUUUGCUGACAGUGUCAACUUCAUAUCAUGCUGUGAUGUCAAGAAAAGACAGGAAAUAUUUGAGUUAGGUUAUAGUUCUUUGAACAAAUCAUAAAACAAUAAUAUGUAUGUAAAUAAUAAUGUACAAUGUUCCAGAAUGUAGUCUGAGCCACUUAAUAUAUAUUUGCUUUGGGACAGACCCACCAUUUUGAGAUAAUUAGCUCUGAUUUCAGGAAUUGCUGUAUUCUCAGUUCAUUGUCCUUUGCCAGCCUUUCCAUGUCCUGUCAAGCCUACUUCAUUUGUUUUGGUUGACUUUUGGCAUUACAGAGAGCACUAGAUAAUAAAGUAAUGAGACGGGCUGCAGUCAAACGAGAAGCCAGUUCUCAGGUAUCAGAGAUAGUUUGCACAAGGCUAACUCUCUUGCAGGCUAGUAGAGCUGGGAGGGGCUAAACUGGCUGGAAACAAUAGUCUCUACAGUGUGGGUAAUUCCCACAAUUCCAAAGCUGGAUUCAUCAACGUCUGGACAUUCACUGUGUUGUGAAUAUCACCAACCCUUGCAUAGAUAUUAAUAACUAAAUACUCGUCUAGAAAGAGAGGACAUGCUUCAAGCAUAAAGAACAAAAGCAACACAAUAUUUAUAUGAUAAAUGAUUGUAAAAUGUGGGGUUUGCUGAUUUCAGAUUUGAGAAGAUCUGGUCCAUGAGAAUGUUAGAAAGGAGAAAAUAUGAGAUGCCUCACAGGUUUAUUCUACUGAUUGCUUGAAAAAAAUGAUAAUUGUCUGGUAUAUAAAUCAUCUCAUUCUUUCAGGUUCAGAUUAAAAGAUGAGCGCUUGGUUGAAAAAUCUGAAUCAUUUCAAGAUGGCACUUGUGUACCUUUCCUUUUCCUCUCCCCAGGCUAAUCUAAGCAGGGAGUUUGAGGCUGCAAACCACCUUUAAUGACAGAAAACAGCCCUGCCAGGGAGGCAGAAAUAAUGAAGGAUUUGGGGGCAGAGCGCUUGGCAGGCCGUGAAAGGGUCCAGCUCCUCGGAUUAUUGACCCUCUACCUGGAGCAAGAACAGAGAUUCCAACCUCGAGAAAAAGGGCUGAGUUUGAUCGAGGCUACCCCGGAGAAUGACAACACUUUGUGUCCAAGAUUGAGAAAUGCCAAAGUAGAAGAUUUAAGGAGUUUAACUAACUUUUUUGGAUCUUGCACUGAAACUUUUGUCUUGGCUGUCAAUAUUUUGGACAGAUUCUUGGCUCUUAUGAAGGUGAAACCUAAACAUUUGUCUUGCAUUGGAGUCUGUUGUUUUUUGCUGGCUGCUAGAAUAGUUGAAGAAGAAUGCAAUAUUCCAUCCACUCAUGAUGUAAUCCGGAUUAGUCAGUGUAAAUGUACUGCUUCUGACAUAAAACGGAUGGAAAAAAUAAUUUCAGAAAAAUUGCACUAUGAAUUGGAAGCUACUACUGCCUUAAACUUUUUGCACUUAUACCAUACUAUUGUACUUUGUCAUACUUCAGAAAGGAAAGAAAUACUGAACCUUGAUAAACUAGAAGCUCAGCUGAAAGCCUGCAACUGCCGACUUGUCUUUUCAAAAGCAAAACCAUCGGUACUAGCUUUGUGCCUUCUCAAUUUGGAAGUAGAAACUUUGAAAUCCGUUGAAUUACUGGAAAUUCUCUUGCUAGUUAAAAAACAUUCCAAGAUUAACGACACUGAGUUCUUUUACUGGAGGGAGUUAGUUUCUAAAUGUCUCGCCGAAUAUUCUUCUCCUGAAUGUUGCAAACCAGAUCUUAAGAAGUUGGUUUGGAUUGUUUCAAGGCGCACAGCCCAGAACCUCCAUAACAGCUACUAUAGUGUUCCUGAGCUGCCAACAAUACCUGAGGGGGGUUGUUUUGAUGAAAGUGAAAGUGAAGACUCCUGUGAAGAUAUGAGCUGUGGGGAGGAGAGUCUCAGCAGCUCUCCCUCCGGUGAUCAAGAGUGUACCUUCUUUCUCAACUUCAAAGUGGCACAGACACUGUGCUUUCCAUCUUAGAAAUCUGGUUGUUCUAUGUUAGAAUUUACGUAUACAGGUUUCAAAGCAAUAAAUGGGGGAGUAGGUAGUUUUCUGGGUCAGCCCCCAUCUAGGCAGGAAUUACAUAGACUGGAAUACCUGCCUUCUAUUUAUUAUUCAGAUCAGAUCUGGUCUAUUUUCAUAUGUAUCCUAAGCCAUCAAAUGGGUUAGUGCCUCUUAAAUAAUUAACAGUAAUUUAAACAUUGGCACUUUAUUUUUCUCGUGGAUCUUUAGGUACUUGGCUGGAGGGAAGGUGCUUAUACCUUCAAUUUAUUACUUUUCAUAAAAAUUUUUAAAGAUAAAUAGCGUAGCUUAAUCUUGAACAUUUUAUAAAGCCUUCAGGUGUCUUUAUUUAAGCAGAUUGGAAGUGUGCAAGUGCUUCCUCAGCAGGGACAAUAGAUAAUCCUUGAAUGGUUUAUCUCAGAUUUCCCCCUCCUUCCUUUCUCAGAACAGAGAAUAUACUCUUAAAUGUCAAACACCAUUUUUUGUUUUGUUUCUUAAAUGAUCAGUGUCUAUCUGAUGCAGUUCCUAUAAAUUUAACAAUUGUAUUGACAUUUCUGUGAAUUUUGGUAUGUAACGUCUUAAUUGAAGUUUCUGCUAAAGCAGAAAUAAUCGACAGGCUAAGGCUGUUAGUUGCAUUCCUAAUGCCUAAGUAUUGUCAGACUAUAGUAUUAUUUUAAUGUUAUUUAAAAAAUGCGUAAUCUGCUAGUUUUGCAUGUGUCUGUAUGAAAGCAGUGCAGGCAGUUGAACACAACUAGGUAACUAUUGGAAUUAGUAAGUGUUGAUCUAGGAGUACAUUUUAUCUCAUUUUCUAUAUUAAAAAAUGUCUGCAUGAUUGCAUUUUAUUUCCUUUGUAAUUCACAUUUCAAAAGUAAUGUGUUUAGUAUAUGGGUGCCAAGAUUGAAUAUGAAGUGAAAAGAGCCCAAGUGUUUGUAGUAUUACAGUUUUAAGCAAAUCUGUGUGGUGAUACAGCCAUAAGAAUGGGGAUACGUAAACUCUGUACACGUAAGGUUUUGUACAGAGAAUUUUUAAUUUUUUAAACUGUAUAUGAAAAUGUAAAUCUUUAAAAAUGUACAUAAAAUACUGUAUUUUUUUACCUUGUGUGUGUGAUAGUCUAGUCAUUGCAUGUAAAUAUAAUUUAUUGUGUAUUCUGAAUUAUCAGUCAUACAUUGAUGGCUUUUUUACUGGUAAGUCAACAUCCAUUGGGUGUUUUCAGAAAUGGUCUUUUUGAAGUAAUAAUUACAUUAUAAUUCAAAAUAAAAUUAUUAAUGAAUUCUC